UCCACCAUCUUCAUCAGACGAUGAAGACAUUGGAGCGGCAGAUAAUAUAGAAAUUGCAUGAUUCGUUUAAGUGUCAUUUAUGUAGAAUUUUGACUUUUAUUUACAUUUGUUGAUGUGGUAACUUUAUUUUGUUAAUUAUAAAUUAUGUGUUAUGGUUUUUAUAAUAGUUGUGUUUAUUUUUUUCUUGUCGAAUAUUUUUUUGUAAUCUUUUUUGCAGAUAUGAGAGGUUCAGGUGGUUCUUCUGCCGGCCGAGGCCGCGGUCGGGAUACAGUUCAGGGACGCGGACGUGGACGCGGCGACCCAGAGCAGGAUGCCCCUGAGGACUCGGAUCCCGGGGCUGAGCAGCAGGUGCUAGCUGCUAGACCUGCGCCGCGGAGAGCGGCGAGACAGCCGCAACCACAGGGCCAGCCACCAGCGACGGACGAGACUGGGAGGGUUAGAGUUACACCAGAUGCUGCAAGAGAAAAAUUACUGGAUAGCAGGAACGACAGCGGGACAGCAUCUAGGGCGAUCUUGCCCAUUUUCCGAUCUAGAUGGUUUGCUGAGGGUUCCUCGUGGAAGAAGAUUACAGCAGAGCAUAAGGGAUUCUACUUCGAGGAGUUCAAGAAGGGUUUUUGCUGGGACCCGACCUACCCUGAGGAUCUGAUUAGAGGGGUCUUCUACCGACAUGCGGGCAAUCGGUAUAAAGAUACUCUCCACAACAUGAAGCCGGAUAAAAAAGAGGGCAGUGUUAGUGCUGAUACUUGGGCGUCAUGGAAGCGAGACUGGGAUACUGCUGAGGCUAAGAAAAAGUCCGAUAUAGCACGAGCUAAUCGGAUGAGUGAGCCGUCCGGAGCUGGCACCGGACCUGUUCGACAUACCGCAGGAUCGCGAUCGGCUACGAGGCAUAAGACAGUUAUGACUGAGGAGCUUGGUCGAGAGCCCACUUUGGUGAGUUGCAUGUACGGUUGCACCUGACCAAAGCAGAUCGGACUGUCUUUGUUGACAAGAGAUCAAAGGAUAAAAAUGACCGUUUUCAGGCAGAGCUUGCUGCAGCAACACAGUCUCAGGCAGCUGGAGAAGGGAGUUCGUCGACUCCAGAGCCGAUCGACGAGAACGAGCUGUUUUUGUCUCUCGAGGCAGUCAAGAAGCAGCGAGUCUACGGUAUUGGAUCGGCUUCAGCAUCCUACAUCGGCCAGAGCAGCGCUAGCCGAUUGCGCCGCGGCGGAUCAUCCCAGCAGGGGAACGUUAGUACUGAGGACAUAGAGCAGCGUAUUGCUAGGGAGGUUGAGGAGCGGCUCGAGCAGCGGAUUCGUACUGUGGAGGCGGGUUUCGAAGAGCGGGUCGAGCAGCGGAUCCGUAGUGUGGAGGCGGGUUUCGACGAGCGGAUCCGUACUGAGCUUGCGCGGCUGAUGACUACACUCCCACCCGAGUUACGCCCGCAGUUCCCACCACCCUCACCCCCUCCUGCUGAUGACACCACCAGUUUAGAGUAGGCUUGUGAUACACUUGGACAUAUUUAUGUUUUUUGUUCGUAUACUUUAAUAUUAAUGUUUUUUGUAUGCUUUUUGACGUUUAUAUAUAUAUUACGGAUUUGGUUA